UCCACCCUGGAGAGUUCAAGCUGGAUGGGAUUGGGAGGAAUGGCGAUAGAGACGGGGACAGAAGGUGGAAUUUCGUGCUAUGAACAGCAGCGCGGUCGCUCCAGAAAACGACGAAAGAAGAAAAGGAAAGAGAAAAAAGAAAAAAAUCGUUCUUCGUAUGCCAGGCCCAAUCGAGUAUGAUAUCGAGCGGAAUUGUUUGUUUUGCCGGAAACACGAAAUCGAAUCGUGAAACGAAAAGAAAAGAAAAUGAUCGAAGAUAUUUACAGUUCCCGAAUCUCGUGGGUACCUACCCAUCUAAGCAAACUCUCCAUAAGUUUUGGGUUUAAUCGAUACACACGUACUUUUUUCACAUCCGCGCAAUGAGAUUUCUAUUUCAGUUUCCGUUUUCUUUGUUUUUGUUAAUUUCCAAUUUGUAUUUGUUACUCUCUCUCUCUCUCUCUGCCCUCUCUUUUUCCCUCGUUUUGAUGUUUUUGUUUAGUGUUUGUUUGACCUUUGGAAAGUAGGAUUGUGUGGUAAUGUAUUUGUCACCGCUCCAAAGCUGACACCCCCUAACUAAUAAGAAAGAAUAUUUAUUUAUUUUGUUUAGUGAUUUACAAGUGGAUAGAGAGUCAGAGAUAAAUACAGAUUCUUAUUAGACACGAUUUUUAUUCCAAAAGUUCUUAAUUUUAUUGGGUGGGUGAUUUUCUAGGCCCUAGGGUUUCAUCCUGUGCAUUGCUCGUAUAUCCGCUGCCUAUUUGUGAGAUUUGAUGCUACGGAAUGCCAAGGGUUGCCGAUCUUUCUUGAUUUCUUCAUCUGGGUAGUCCGAGCUCCUCAAUUCCUCAUCUGGGUCGGUCAGUUUUCUGUUUUAAUCUCCCAAUUCUUAAUCCCCCUUUCCAGAAUUUCCCUGUGCUUUCUUAUGCGUUUUGGGGAAUUUUAUCUGUUAGGCCCUUUUUAACUUUGGACUUCAGGGUUUAACCGACAGAGGAAUUUGUGUUCUUUGGUUCAAUCUUCUUCUACUAGUGACCAUCGGUUUUUGGAAUGAAUUCGCAGCUUGGAGUUUCUUAUGUAGUUAGUUUGGUGAUUUCCUGGUGCUGACUCUUCAGUGAGGAACUUGAUUGGUGCUGUGGCAUCCAUAUAAAUGAUGUUUCAUGUUCAAGGACCUUUAAAACACACUUGUAGCCUCCUUGCAGUCUUAUGUGGUAGAACUUCAGGGGACAGGCAAAAGCAAAAUGCAGAUGAUGGUCUAGGAUAUCCCUUCCCAGAGAUUGCUUCUUCCGGGCGUUUAGAGGUUCAAACUCUGACCAAUCCGAGUGUAGAAGAGUUCCAUAAAAUUCUUAAUUCAUUCAAGCCAAAUUUUGUGUACUUGCAAGGAGAACACCUUCCAAACGAUGAAGUUGGAUCUCUGGUGUGGGCAGGUGUUGACUUGUCCACUGCUGAAUCUAUAGAUGGGCUCUUUGGCACCACAUUGCCAACCACUGUUUAUUUGGAGCUGCCUGAUGGUGAAAAGUUAGCAGAGUCUCUUCAUUCUAAGGGGAUUCCUUAUGUGAUAUAUUGGAAGAAUAAAUUUUCUCGUUAUGCUGCUUGCCAUUUUAGGCAUGCAUUAUUUUCAGUUGUACAAAGUUCACCUAGCCAUACAUGGGAUGCUUUCCAGCUUGCUUAUUCUUCCUUUAGACUUUACUGUGUAAGAAGCAACUUUAUGCUUCCAGCUACUGGCCAGAAAAGUAAUGAUAAGCUGGGUCCAUGCCUUCUUGGGGAACCUCCAAAAAUCAGUGUUAUUCAACCUGAGAUGGCUACUGGGGAUGAUGAAAGCUCUCAGGAUGAUUUGCCUGCUAUAAAGAUAUAUGAUGAUGAUGUUAGUGUGAAGUUUCUACUUUGUGGAGUGGCAUCCACUUUGGAUGCUGGCCUAUUAGGAUCUAUUGAAGAUGGCCUCAAUGCUCUUUUGAGUAUUGAAAUUCGAGGAAGUAAACUUCAUAACCGGGUUAGUGCUGUACCUCCACCUCUUCAAGCAGGUACAAUUUCCCGGGGUGUUGUGACCAUGCGGUGUGAUAUAUCAACGUGUAGUUCUGCCCACAUCUCACUUCUGGUCUCGGGCAGUGCAGAAACUUGCUUUGAUGAUCAGCUCUUAGAGAAUCACAUAAAGGGCGAAGUGAUUGAAAAGAACCAGCUAGUCCAUGCAGUGCCAAUCUGUGAGGGAAUUAAGAAACGUUUGUCAGAACCUCGUACAUCUACUUCAAUAGCUUGUGGGGCAACAGUAUUUGAAGUUUGCAUGAGGGUCCCUACAUGGGCUUCACAGGGAUUAGCUGUUGCUUCAUUUCAGAAAGAUGAUGCAGAUAGACUUCUUUUCAUCUGCAGUAAGCAGGGGAAAGAUUCAAGUCUAAGCAACUCCUAUUCUGGUAUCUCUGCUAGUUGGCUGAGAUCACCUGCUCCUAGUAGAAAGAGGUCUGCGAUAUGCCUGCAAGCAAGUUCAGGCUCUCAUAAUGAUUUGGUUUCUGGAACCCAAAAAGCUGCCAGAAGGGAAGAUGAGGAUAUGGAUAAUGGAUUGAAACACAGAAGUAACAUGCACCUCGGACCUGUUAGACAAAAGCUGAAAGUUGCGGCAAUGAGGCCUAUUCCUCAUAUUCGUCACCGGAAAAUGCUACCGUUUUCUGCAACAGCCGAGGCAGAUUGGCAUGAUAGAGGCCAAAUAAAGGCUAAUUCCUUGCCCGCUCCUUCAUUGAAGCACAAUUUGAUGGGAUCAACUCCCGUCUCUCAUCGCAAAUCAAAUUCAAAUUCAUUUCAGGCUAAACAGAUGAUUUCAUUGAAUCCUCUGCCCCUGAAGAAACAUGAUUGUGACAGAAGCCCAAUUCACGUCUGCUCUGAGGAGGAGUUUCUUAAAGAUGUAAUGCAGUUUUUAAUUCUUCGAGGACAUACCCGUCUUGUUCCUCAGGGUGGGCUGGCAGAGUUCCCUGAUGCUAUCCUUAAUGCAAAACGCCUGGAUCUCUUCAACUUGUAUAGGGAGGUUGUCUCAAGAGGUGGCUUUCACGUCGGCAAUGGAAUCAAUUGGAAAGGACAGGUCUUCUCAAAGAUGCGAAAUCACACAGUGACAAAUAGAAUGACUGGUGUUGGGAACACACUAAAAAGACAUUAUGAAACUUACCUUCUGGAGUACGAGUUGGCUCACGACGAUGUAGAUGGAGAGUGCUGCUUGUUAUGUCACAGUAGUGCAGCAGGCGACUGGGUGAACUGCGGUAUUUGUGGCGAGUGGGCACAUUUUGGUUGUGACAGAAGGCCGGGCCUCGGUGCCUUUAAGGAUUAUGCCAAAACAGAUGGAUUGGAGUACAUUUGUCCCCAGUGCAGCAUCUCAAAUUUUAAGAAGAAAUUGCAGAAAACAACGAAUGGAUAUCCAUAAGUUGGGAGUUUGGAAUUGGAUUUUGGGAUUUAUUUCGUCGAGCUCUUCUUAAAAUUUCUUCAUUUCUUCCAUCACCAUUUAUGAUGGAGAAAUUUGUGGAGUUGUAGUACUAGUAGUAGGCCUACCACAUGUAUUAUUAACAUCAUCUCCCCACCUUUCUCCAUCAAAGGGUGGCUUUGGACAGUUGGGGAGAACUGAAUGCCAUUGCCAGAGAUCAGAGAACACACCAAGGAAGCAAAGGAAGCCAAUUUAUGGGCACUAAUUAACCAACUUUUCCUUCUUUUUCUUUUUAGUUUUUCAUACUUUGGGGUUGGGGGUUUGCUUAGGAAUGAAUCCCUUGUUGAGGGGAAAUGUAACAUGAUGUAUUUUCUGGGAAAUAAUGUUUUGUAGCCGUAUAUAUAUAUAUAUAUAUACACACAUAUAUAUAGUUUUAUGGAAUCAUUCUAGCUA